AACGCACACACACCCUGUCCUCUCGAAACUCACAGAGGUGACACACUUUUAAAACCAACUGAUAAAUUUUCGAUACGUUAUAGAUAAUAGGGAUAGGAAGGCGCCUUUUUCCUAGAAGCGGGAAAAAAAGCCCAGGGGACGACAUUAGCUUCCUUACGACUGAAUGGGACGAUGUUUGAUCAGCAACCAACAAUUUCUUACCUUGCUUGCCAUCACUACUCGUGCGAGAUAGAUGGCCAUGUGUUAAAAAAAGAGAUUUGCAUGUUUAUAUAUAGUUUAACCUUUGUUUGUAUAUAUUUAACCGUCCCCCUGACCUGGGACCAAUUUUGGUCCCAGUUUGCACUUCGUAAAAGUACGGGCAGCGGGCUGUAUCGUUAGUGUGCAAGUAGUAUUGCGACCAGCGAUUAAGUAUGACAAGAAGAAGAAGACAAAAAAUAGAAGAUUUGUAUUGUGGAUUGGGAAAAGAUCCAGAUGAUUUGGUCAUUAAGUAUAUCAAUCCAUUCAUUGGUUCUGGUGUAUUUACUACAAAAGAUCUGCAUAAAGGUGAUUUCAUUCUGGAAUAUGCAGGGGAAAGAAUAUCCAAUGAUGAGGCUGAUAAAAGGGAAGCAGAGUAUGCUAAAAACGGAACUGGGUGUUACAUUUAUUUCAAUAUAAUAAGUUCCAACAAUACAACAUUCUGUAUUGAUGCAACAAAUUCUGUGCAGAUUGGAAGAAUUGUGAAUGAUGCACCUACUAAGUAUGCUAAUUGUGUGAUGAAGAAAUACACAAAUAAAAAAAUGGAAGUCUUUAUAGCGUUGUAUGCGUUAGUAGAUAUAAAACAAGACACCGAGUUAAGAUAUGAUUAUGGAGAAAAUCCAGAUGAUAUGCCCUGGCGCAAAAAGGCUGAAUGUCUCAAACCAUUGAACAUCAAUGAAGUUGUGGAAAAAACACCAAAAGGUAGUAAAAUAACUAAAGAAAUGACUAAGGAACAGAGAGAUGCAAAGAUAACAGAAUUUCCAUCAGAUUUCAAAAAUUCAACUAAUAAGACUCACUUUCUCAAACCAUUGAACAUCAAUAAAGUUGUGCAAAAAUUAUCAAAACGUACCGAAAGUGGUACAGAAGAUCUUGAACAGAGAGAUGUAAAGAUAACAGAAUUUCCAUCAGAUUGUAAAAUGUCUACUGAUGAGACUCACUUUCUCAAACCAUUGACCGUUAAUAAAGUGGUGCCAAAAUUACCAAAGAUUACCCAAAAAACAAAAGCCAUGUGCGCCAGUAAACGAGCGCACAAAGACGUGAAGAUAAAAGAAUUUUCAUCAAAUUUCGAGAAGUCUACUGAUGAGCCGGAUUUUCAUAUUGUUUACCAAGUGCAAAAUUCUGUAAUUGAAUUGGAUCCAGGCACUGGUGACCAGGUUGCUAUGUCAGAUAAUGAUGCUGAUAUUGAUAAAAACGAUGAAGUUUUGAACGGAUGUCUUUGUAAACAGCCUUCCCCGCCGAAAAAAACAUAUCGGUUGCGCUUAAGGACCCGACAAUUUUUCGACCCGCAUGAAGUCGAUGCACAGGCCGUUAUCCAAAAUUCAAGUGCAGACAGUAGAUUUGAUGUUUCUGUUGCUGAAAAAGAUGAGGAAUCUUCAGACUAUUCUCACACAGAAGAUUCAGAUUUUCAACCAAAUUUUUCUGACAGUGACGACGAAAUAAACAUCAACAUGGCAGUGAAUAAAAUUCUUAAUGACUCCCUCCAAGAGCACGAAGCUGUUAAUGAUGUUAAGAGUGACUUCCUUCAAGAGCCUACUACAACACAAGCGACAAAUGAGUUAGAAGAAAAAAGUAACAAUCGAACUAAAGAUAAUCAUAUCAUGCACUAUUGCUGUUUUUGUGGUCAGCUCAUUGCCAACAAAAUUACUAGACACUUUAUGAGAGUACAUAAAAUGGAGGAGGAAGUGAAAGCGGCAAUGGCAUUAUCGCCAAAAAACAAAACCAGGAAGGAGACAUGGACUCAGUUGAUUAGGAAGGGAGAUCAUGAGCAUAAUAUUGAGUCGUUACGAGAAAACAAAACAGAUAUUGUGGUUGUAAGGCAGAAAAGUAACAACAAGGAUCAAGAUUAUGUACCUUGCAUUCAUUGUAAAGGAUUCUUUUCAUCGAAGUAUAUUCGCAUUCACGAAAAAAACUGCUUUAUGAAAGGAGGCCGUGGCGAUGUUAAGUUCUCGCUUCAUUCUAGUAGGGCUCUUUUAGCAGCUGAAGUGAGCAAUGGUAUUUACACUAACGUGCACCAGAUUAUUUUGGCUUCUAUGAGACGUGAUGAGUUACACCUGGUUAUUAGAAAUGAUCAGUUACUGAUGCUGUAUGCCAACAUCCAGUUGCAAAUUAAACAAUCAGAAAGAUAUCAUGACAUUAGAUACAACUUACGCCUACUUGGAAGAUUACUGUUGAAAUACAGGUCACUAGUAGGUUGCUCAGACAAGAGAUCGUGUGAUUUAAUUAUACCUGCGCAUUAUGACCAGGUACUAGAAUGUGCAAAGGAACUAGCCGGAUACAAAGGACCAAGAAAUGUUGCUCAGCCAAAUGUUUUUUGCCAUUUGGGCUAUCGCCUAAAAGGACUAUGUAUGGCGGCACGGGCCUUGGCAUUAAAGGAGGGUAGUGAUACUCGUUUGGAGGAAUAUAGGCGUUUUCUGGAAUUGUAUGAAUCAGAUUGGAAUAUAUACUCAAAUAAUGCCAAGGCGGUUUAUGAAUCUGCUAAGGGAAAUGCACCAGAGGAAUUGCCAUUAGAAAGUGAUAUAAAGCUCUUUCGUGAACAUUGCAUCUUAGAAAUAAAAAGAUUGUGCGAUUUGAGUGACAUUGGAAAGCUUGAUGGUGGUGAUUACCGCAAACUUGUAAGGGUUACCAAAGCAAGAAUAAUGACUUUUAAUGCGAGACGAGGCGGUGAAGUUUCGAAGUUGAAAUUGAAGCACUGGCAAUCGGUAGUUGACGGGCGGUGGAAACGAGCGACUGACAUUAAACAAUUGGAUGAUCCAUUGGAAAGAAAGCUGGCUGAACGUUUGCAGCUUUGUUAUAUCGAAGGAAAGCGAAAAAAAAAGGUUAAAAAUGCACUUGUACCUGUGCUUUUUACUGAAGAAGUGUAUGGGGCAAUAACAAUAUUAGUAGAAAAGCGUGAAGUUGGUAACAUUGCUCCUGAAAACGACUACCUUUUCGCUUGUGGGAAUAGCUUCUUGCGGGGUUGGGACACCCUGCAAGCUGUUACCAAAGAAAUUAAAGGGCUUGUGAACCCAAAAUUAAUUACACCAACCAGGACCAGAAAAUAUUUGGCCACAGUGUUACAGCUGUUAGACAUGACCGAUGGAGAACUCACAUGGCUGACUAAUCAUAUGGGUCAUACUAACGCUACACAUCUUCAGUGGUAUAGAAAAGAAGACUCCACUAUCGAAUUGACAAAAGUAGCUAAGGUAUUGACUGCCGUUGAUACUGGUAAAUCAAUUAAAAACAAGAAAAUUGACCGAGUACUUGAAGAAUUGCCACGAAAAGGUUCAGAGUCAGGGUCUGAGUCAGAUGAUAACAAAGAUUCUUCCGGAAGUAACAAAAGUGUUGUAGAUGGAGAAAUGGUUACAGACGGUGAUUUAUUUGAGCCUCCACCACGGAAAAAGCCAAAGUCAUGGAAUUUAUGGUCAGCGCAAGAAACCAGAGAUGUUAAAAUAGCAUUCGAGAAGAAUUUAAAAUCGUUAACAAACCCAGCGCAGCAUGACGUGUUGACGGCUAUUACAAAAUUUCCACACUUACAAGACAGGGGCGAAAAAAAUGUUCGAUGCAAAGUGGUCAACAUGAUCCGGAAUUUAAAAAAAAAAUAGAAAUUAUUUUUAAUCUGCUAAUAAUUUUUUUCCCCGGACGGUUUUAUCCUAUUUGUGUUAUGUUUUAUCCUAGUUGUGUUAUGUUUUAUUUUAGUUGUGUUAUUUGCCAUCUAGUUGCUUUUACUAUC